CCGAGAACUUUUUGUUUGGGUCCAGUUCCCUUCGGGGCGAAGGACAAGUCGCAGCUACGCGAGCGAGGGCUGCACUCCCAAAAAGAGGCUCGGAGGGGUCCUGGAGGGCUUUCGGGCCGGGCUUUGGGCACCUGGCCAUGGGAGGCGAGGCGCAGGGUCUGCGGUGGUGGCUCCUCCUGUUGUUUUUGGCGGCGGCCUCCUUCUCCAGGAAAGAUCUCAUUGAAGGAGCAAAGCGGUCUGACACAUCACUGUCAAUGGCAAGUUUACAUUUAGAGGAGGAGGCAAAGAUGGUCCACCGAUUCUCUCGUUCACUUCCUGUCAAGACUUCCAUAAUGUAUCCCUCAGCCCCUCCAAUGGACUCCAGGACUGGGAAAGCGAAUACAUUCACCACUCCUGAAGGCGAUGGAGCCCACCCUCUUCAAGCCAUUAAAUUUAACCCUACAGUAGGAAAGAUACCAAUUGCUGAACAUAUGGACGUCAAAUUUAAUUGCUCUAUCAAAGUUCCUAGAUCACUAAUUAACCACGAUUAUGCAACUAUUUCCUUGUGGAAGAAUGGAAAAGAGCUUCUUCAUGCUGAUAGGAUGGCCAGCCAGCAUUACCAAUUUGAUGAUAAUGAGUAUAUUUCUAUGACAUCCGCCUUCCGUAUCAACAAUAUCCAGCGCGCUGAUAAUGGGUCUUACAGUUGCAAAUUGAAAGUUAAUAACACUGAAAUAGUAUCAGAUCCUAUUUUGGUUUUGUUUGAAGGACUGCCCUACUUCAUUAAACAGCCGCAGGGGCUAAAUGUUACCCGAAACACACCGUUCAAUCUCACCUGCAAAGCGGUGGGACCUCCUGAGCCUGUUGAGAUUCGCUGGCAUUGGAAUAGCAGCCUCAUUGCUACGAAAGAAAUAUCUCCAUCUGUCUUGACUGUGCCAGGUCUUAACGAAACUGCUAUUUUCCAUUGUGAAGCUCAUAACGAGAAGGGAGUCACAACAUCUACUGAAGCUCGAAUCAAUAUCAAAGGAAUGCCAUCUCCACCUGUCAAAGUGUCUGCCCAUAACAGCACAGGUCACAUGAUACUGGUAUCUUGGGUCCCAGGUUCAGAUGGCUAUUCACCUUUGAGCAGUUGCAGUGUCCAGGUGAAAGAGGCUGUUGCUGGGGAUAAUGCUUCAGUGAUGUUCUUCAACACUUCUGCCCCCCCUCAUCAAUAUCACAUUCAGAAUCUGAAGCCUUUGAAGAAUUAUAGCAUAUGUGUUUCUUGUAUGAAUGAAGUGGGCUGGUCUGGCUUUAGCCCUUGGAUUACGGCUAGUACAACAGAAGGGGCUCCCUCUGCUCCGCCUGGGAAUGUCACCCUCUCCAUCAAUGAGACAAGCUCUUCUGUGAUAAUCACCUGGAUGAAACCCCCUGCCGCCCUGAUGAACGGUGAACUUCAAGGCUACAGCAUCUCAUAUAUAUGGCAAAAUUCAGUAUCUCACAAUCGCUCUUCUCACGCUGGCAAAGAUGUCAAUGGCACCCAUAUUCCAAUUGUGGUCACGAAUGCCACAUACAUAGUGCGAGUAGCUGCAGUCACAAAUGGUGGAGUUGGGCCAUUCAGUGAGCCAGUUGGGAUUUUCAUUCCAGGAAAUGGUGUGGCACCCACUACCUCUUUGUCAACUACAGAAUCUGGAGUAACGGAUUCUCUUAUAAUAAUCCUUGGGUUCAUAUUUGGAGUCGUUGUCGUUGGCUUAAUCAUGUGUGUGUCCAUGAUUGUCAGGAGAAAAUUGAAGGAGGAAACCAAGUUUGGGUAUGCUUUCGGCAGUGAUGAGUCAGAACUGACCGUAAAUUACAAAGCAAAGAAGUCCUACUGCCGCAGAGCUGUUGAACUCACACUGGGUAGCCUUGGCGUGAGUGAAGAGCUGCAAGAAAAACUCCAGGAUGUUGUGAUUGUCAGGACGAACCUGUCCCUGGGGAAGAUCUUGGGAGAGGGAGAGUUUGGGUCAGUCAUGGAAGGGAGUCUCAACAAUCCUGAUGGAACUACUCAGAAAGUUGCUGUGAAAACCAUGAAGUUGGACAGCUUUUCCCAACGAGAAAUUGAGGAGUUCCUUCGAGAAGCUGCGUGCAUGAAAGACUUCGAUCACCCCAAUGUCAUCAAACUUCUUGGUGUGUGUAUAGAGCCAAGUUCUCAGCAGGUUCCAAAGCCCAUGGUGAUUCUCCCUUUCAUGAAAUACGGAGAUUUGCAUAGUUUUCUUCUUCGCUCAAGACUUGGAAUGGGCACGCAGUAUGUACCACUACAAACUUUAUUGAAGUUUAUGAUUGACAUUGCUCUGGGAAUGGAGUACCUCAGUAACAAGCACUUCCUCCAUAGAGACCUGGCGGCUCGAAACUGCAUGUUACGGGAUGACAUGACUGUGUGUGUAGCCGACUUCGGAUUAUCCAAGAAGAUUUACAGUGGAGAUUAUUAUCGGCAAGGGCGCAUUGCAAAGAUGCCCGUUAAGUGGAUUGCAAUAGAAAGUCUUGCAGAUCGGGUCUACACAACAAAAAGCGAUGUGUGGGCUUUUGGUGUUACAAUGUGGGAGAUAGCAACUCGAGGGAUGACGCCAUACCCAGGUGUGCAGAACCAUGAAAUAUACGACUACCUCCUCCAUGGAAACAGGCUGAAGCAACCAGAAGACUGUUUAGAUGAAUUGUAUGAAAUAAUGUGCUCAUGCUGGAGAGCAAAUCCUGUAGAUCGGCCCACCUUUUCAGACCUGAAGCUUCACCUGGAGAAGCUGUCCAAAACUUUGCCUGACCUGAGUGAACCUGACAGCAUCAUUUACAUCAACACAAGUUUGCUAGAGGAGAGCACAGAUGAGCUGGACGAAGAUGCCGAUUUCCCCCAGAUAGACACGGACCUUGAUCCUGAUCACAUCAUACAGUCUUGCUCUCAUAGACCAGAGACUACAGUCGUCACUGUUGACAUCCAUGAGAGCAAUGGGAUGGAGGACAGGUAUGUUGUAAGUGGAGUUAGUGCGGGACAGAACCUGACAACGACAGAAGAAGAUAUUCCUCUGCUCUCUGAGACUCCUUCGCAGAACGGGAUAUUGUGGUCUGAAGCCAGUACCUUACCUGUAGGAAGCAUGUUGACAGCUGAACUACUGUAUGCAGAUGACUCUUUGGAGGACUCCGAAAUCCUUCUGUGAAAGAUGGGACUUUCUUGAGCUACAACCCAGAGUUUCAGUUCAACUGGAACAUAUUUGGGUGGCUCUUCUCCUUCUUGGGAUUCAAAGCCAGUCCUGUGUAGCAAUCAUUCCAAGUCUUGUACAGCAAGUGACUAUAGACUGAGCUCUCUUCAACCAAUUUCCCUCCAGGUGUGAUGGAUACAGCACCCAUUGUCCAACCAUGAUGACCAGGUUGGAGAAGGCAGCUAUAGUAGCAAUGUAUUUGUAUAAUAUGGUAUCUUUAUAGAGAUUAUAUUUUAAUAAACAACAUCCCAUUA